AUGGUUCUCGGCUUUCGCAAGAAGGCUGCGGCCGAGCCCAUCGAGGCCCCGGCGUUGCCAACCUCGGUUGAAGACAGCAAGAAGCAAGCAGAGACUACUGGAGUCGCGCAGACCACUGGGCUCAAAAAGUUUCAAAAAGCCCACCGAUGGGAUCUCAAUCUGCCUGUCCAGAAGUUAGCCGCUGUCGAUACUGCCGUGGUCAGCGACGACCUUGAAAAGAAGCUCAAUGUCGAGCAUACCUUACUAGAGGAAAACUCACCAUAUCCCGAAGUUGCGGCUACUGUUCGCAAUUAUGACGAAGAGGCGCCUUGCAAUACCAUUAGAGCUUGGACAAUCGGUCUGCUGUUGACCACCAUCGCAUGCUCUAUCAACAUGUUGUUCUCACUCAGAAAUCCUUCCAUCUCGAUUACGACCUACGUAGUCCAGUUAGUCGCAUAUCCCCUGGGACGUGGAUGGGAUCUGAUAAUGCCAAAAAAGACCUUUAAUACUUUUGGUUACAAAUGGAGCUUCAAUCCUCAUCCGUUCAAUAUGAAGGAGCACACCAUCAUUGUUGUUAUGGCCAAUGCCUCCUUUGCGGGUGGUGUUGCGUACGCCACGGAUAUUCUUCUGGCGCAAGAAGUGUUCUACAAACAGUUUUUUGGAUGGUGGUUCCAACUUCUACUCGUUAUAACAUCUCAGAUGAUUGGGUUUGGAAUGGCUGGUAUCGUCCGUCGCUUCCUCGUUUGGCCCUCGGCCAUGAUCUGGCCCUCCACCUUGGUGAACUGCAGCAUGUUCUACGCGCUACACGACCACAAAGAAUCAGACCCCGCCGAAACUAACGGAUGGUCAAUUGGAAAGUACCGGUGGUUCUUAUACGUGUUUACAGUCAGCUUUGUCUGGUACUGGUUUCCUGGGUGGAUUGCUCAGUUCCUAAGUUACUUUGUUUUUGCAUGCUGGAUCGCACCGCAAAACACUAUCGUCAACCAGAUUUUUGGAGGUGUCAGUGGUCUUGGUUUAAUUCCCAUUACUUUUGACUGGACUAUUAUCACCAGCUUUCUCACGAGCCCAUUGAUCUAUCCGUUUUUUGCUAUUGCAAAUAUGGUUGCGGGGGUCUUUAUCUUUAUCUUUCUGUCGGCGGUUGGCGUUGCUUAUACCGGAUCCCUUUACUCUGAGUAUUUACCCAUGCAAGACAGUCAAAGCUACGACAACACCGGACAGAUCUACGACGUCCAUCGGGUGAUGACACCGGAGCUUACCCUUGAUGUGGCAGCAUAUGAGUCUUACUCGCCGCUGUUCCUAUCCACCAACUUUGCUCUCUGCUAUGGUAUCUCAUUUGCCACUAUCUCGGCUGUUAUUGUCCACACAGUCCUUUACAAUGGAAGAGAAAUUUGGGAGCGCGCCAAGCUCGCCAGGAACCAGGACGCGGAUGUACAUCUGAAGAUGAUGAGGAAGUACCCUGACAGCCCAGACUGGUGGUAUGCAGUCCUGUAUAUUGUCCUCUUUGCACUGGCUCUUACGACAGUUCUUUACUGGGAUACCCAUAUGACCUGGUGGGGAUUCAUUGUCUGCAUGCUCAUCCCUGUCGUAUUUUUGGUACCUAUAGGUCUUGUUCAGGCGGUAACUAACUGGCAAUUGGGACUGAAUGUCCUGACUGAGUUUAUUGUUGGCUACAUGCUGCCAGGGAGACCGAUUGCUAUGAUGAUCUUCAAGACUUUCGGAUACAUCACCAUGGCCCAAGCUCUCUACUUCUCUCAAGAUCUGAAGAUGGGGCACUAUAUGAAGGUUCCCCCCAGGACCAUGUUCUCAGCCCAGGUUAUCGCUGUGUUCUGGUCAUCAAUCGUGCAAGUAGCGGUUUACAACUGGGCAUUAGGCAACAUUCGGAACAUUUGCUCGGACGAUCAAGCGGACUCUUACACCUGCCCCGGCGCAAAAGUCUUCUAUACCGCCUCGGUGGUUUGGGGUGCCAUUGGUCCCGGCCGCAUUUUCGGCCCUGGGAAAAUUUACGGCGUUAUGCAGUGGUAUUGGCUACUGGGUGCACUUCUACCCGUCACCAGCUAUAUCAUGGCUCGACGAUGGCCCAAUUCCUGGCUGCGAUAUGUCCACUGGCCCCUUAUGCUGGGAGGCACUGGAUGGAUCCCUCCGGCAACUGUAUAUACCUACCUCUGCUGGGGACUCGUUGGUUUCAUCUUCAACUUCCUCAUCAAGCGCCGCUGGCCCGGCUGGUGGAUGCAAUACAACUACAUCACGUCGGCCGGGCUCGACACCGGCCUCUUCAUCUCCACCAUCGUCAUCUUCUUCACGCUGUACCUGACCAACACCAAGCCCCCGCAGUGGUGGGGCAACGUCGACAUCUUCAACACGAAGGAUAUGACCGACACUGCUAUCCGCAAGGUCGUCGCGCCGGGCGAGACGUUCGGGCCUAAGACGUGGAAUUAAUUGAUGCCGUGUUUGGUUGGUAUCCUGGUGAUAUUGGUGCGGCAGGCAGGCUUGUGCCUUAGUUGGGCGUGGUGAAUAAUGGCUGGAAGCUUGUCUUUGCGUGUGUUUGUUGGGUGUUUUCGGGUAUUGUUCCAUCGAUUCACGGCUCGUUAAAUGAUGACGAUGAGUAGUGGGUGUGUUGAGUCAGGUGUGCAAUGCCAGUUUUGGAGCAGGUUAAUCUCUCUGGUAGAGUAUCUCAUAGGGCUAUAUAUAUAUAUAUAUAUAU